ACUCACUGCCCUAAUCCACGUCCAGGUCGACUUUGAGAAGAUGUACAUGACGAAGCCGUUCUACGGAGAGUUGCGCCGACGGUACAACCCCGCCUUCUGGAUGCAAUUACGUCGAUCCGAACACCUCACCUACUGCAGGAUGAGCAUACACCGACUGCAGCUCGACAACCAGCAGCCGUCGGCGCACUUCCCCACCGUGCUGUGCCCCGCCCCCGGCAGCGGCGCCCCCGCCCCCGCCCCCGCGCAAGCGGCUAGACGCGCCCUGCUCAAGCCCUGCGUCGACCUGCUGGUGCUGCGGCGAGCGCGCCCCGCCUACCGACAGAACGUCUACAAGUACGUCAAGGUGGUGGUGCAAGAGUUCAGCGUGCAGCUCGAGCGCGACUUCCUCGACGCGCUCCUGGCGUCCUGGGCUGCCGCCACCGCACCGCCCGGUCGACCCAUCCCAGACGACGACCAGCACCGCCUGCUGGAGGGGCUCCGCCAGGACGUGGCGCGCAGCUACGUCCCGGUGCACUUCCUGGGCGUUAAGCUUCGCGAGGCGAUGCCGCGGCCCGUCAUCGAGAGCGUGCACCUGUCACCGCUGCGCAUCCGCCUCAGUCUCUUCCUGCGCGGCUCGGCGCGCACCGGCGGCCGGAGCCUGGCGGGCAAGAGGGCCAUCGUGGACCACGUGUUCAACGCAUUGGUGCCCUCCGCCGCCGAGAUCAAGAACGUCCGCCUCAAGCUGCCCUACUUCGAGCGCAAGGGCGUGCAAGCGACGUGCCGGGACGUGGCCGGGGACGCGCAGCGCCACUACUACGCCCAGCUGGUGCAGCAGGUGCACGUCAUGGUGCUGGGCCUGGACGUGCUCGGGAACCCCUACGGCCUCGUCAGCGACUUCACGGACGGAUUCGGCGAGUUCUUCUACGAGCCUUACAUGGGGACCAUCGAGUCCCCCGACGAGUUCGCCGAGGACCUGUCACGGGCGGCGCAGGCGCUGCUAGGCAACUUGACGGGCGCGGAGGCGAGCGGUCUCUCGCUUCUCGCCCCCUCGCUGGGAGCCAUGCUCACCAACCUCACAUUCGAGGACGAAUACAAAAAGAAGCGCCGUUUCUGUCUGCAGCAAGCUACGGACUUACCGGAACUGGCGAGGACGGCGAGCAAGACCUUCUCUAUGGGUGUUCUCAUGGGCCUGUCCGGAGUCGUGCUGAAGCCAUCACUUGGAGCGCCACAGGAAGGCGUCGAGGGUUUCUUCCGGGGCACGGGCAAAGGGUUCCUGGGUCUUAUGACUAAGCCGGGUGGCGGCGUGGUCGACUGUAUCGCCACGGCGCACGAUGGUAUUCGGAGGGCUACCGAGAUGGGGGAAGACAUGGUGAUGCGGGCGAGGCUGCCCCGCCACCUGAACCCCUACCAAGGCCUGCGGCCCUUCUCUGUGUACGAGGCCACCGGGCAGCACCUGCUGUCCACGCUCAGCAGGGGCCACUAUGCCGACUCUGAUCUGUAUUGGGCGCACGCCGCGCUGGCCGCGGACGGCAAGACCACCAUGCUCAUCACCCUACAACAUGUGUUCCUGUUGGAGAGAUGUCGCCAGUGGGGACCUAUUGAAGUAGACUGGGCUAUAAGGGUAGACGACAUAAUGGAGGUGCCCAAACUGGAACUCAACAAGUUGGUGUUCAUUGUACGACAGGAUGACAGUUUUUCUGCAUUUUCUGGAGAUGAGCGAAGUGUUACUAGCGAAGAUCCCGCAGUUUUGGCUUGGUUGAGAGACAAAGUUGAAACAGUUCUUGUACUAAAUAUGGAAGAUAGACCAGUUCCUGCAACUACUUAAACAUAGCAGUAAUGAUUUGGAAAGGAGGUUGUUUGAAUGAAACUCCACAUGUUAUGAGGUUUUGAAAGCAAAUUGUAUUAACUGUGGAUAUGUGUAAAUAAGAACUUAAAAUUAUUCUAUGGCAAAUGAAAAAUGCAACAAAAGAUAGCCACCCAUUUGAAAAUCAUUCAAAAAUUAUUAUUAGUAAACCCUUUUAUUUUGUUUGUCCCGACCCUAUUAAUUUUAUAACCAUUUUACUGGGAUUGCAAUCUUAAUGGUUUUAUUAGAAGGGUCAUUUAACUCAUUUAAAAAUUGUGUCAUUAUUUACGUUAUUUUCUUUUCCAAAUGAAUAUUUAAAUUAUCUACCGAGUCUCUUGAAAGAUAAGGAAAACUGCCAUACUACAUUCACAUCAUUGGUUCAUCAUAUCAUCUAACCUUAGAGAUAUAAGUCAUGAAAGGUAUUCAAUUGAGAAGGAAAUAUCAAUUAUUCCUCGGGUGCACAAAUAUUUUUUUUUUAAAUUUGGUCUUGACUUCAGACGAUGAGAUGCAGCAGCUUAACUAUUUCAAGGCCUAAACACAUGUCUUCAUUCUGCCAAGCCUUCACUGUCUCAAAAGCAAAUUUUUCCUUGCUUUAUUAUUUAUUUAUUUUUGAGCCAGUGUGUAGUUAAAGUUAUUCUACUUCUUCCUUUUUUUUAAUGCAAUUGAAAUGUAGAAUGAAUCUUAUAUGUUUAUGUACAUUAGAAAACAAUAUGUGCUUUAUGAGUUUUAUCUACCAAGACUAAGGUGCUCACACAGAUCCAGUCUGGAAAAUGAAAAUGUUUCUGAUUUGGCCAACAGAUGGAAGACAAUACUUAGGUAGAUUAAGAGAGUUGGAGCUUUAAUGACUUAAACCCAUUAAACAUACAUUCAAGAUAAAAUACUUCUGUGUUGGGACAGGUUGUUGAAAGGAUGCCCGAAUUGCCUGCAUUGAUUUUUUUAGUUUCGGGUCGUGAUAGAGCCUAUGUGCAAAGCACAGACUGGAUAGGACUGUAAGACACAAGAAGAAGCAAACGAUUCAGAAACUAUUAUAUGCACCACUGUAGAAAACUGUUAUUUUCAAUUAAUAUUUUUUUAAGCAGUAUACAUAAAUUGGAGACUGUUCUUUUCAAGUUGAUCAGCAUUGUAAGUCAAUGGAGAGGCCAAAAUGCUACAAGUGAUCAUUAAUUAUGGGGCAUCUGGGUAUAAGACAGCCCAAAAAUAUGCUCUAAAAAAAUUGUUCUAAGAACUAUGUUCUGUAAAUAAGGGUAUAAAAUGGUGGUUCUUCUAGAACUUUUAAGCUAUGAUUUACUUUGCUAAGACAACUAUGUUAUUAAAACGUUGUGAUAAUAUUUCUAAGGCUGAGAGAUUGCAUCUCAGCAAAAUAAUAUAACCUGUCAGAAAGCUUAAUGUGUGUAGUGAUUCAAAUAGAGAACAAAAACUUUCUUAUCUCUCCAAGGAGACCACUCUAUUUAUCAAAGCUUCACAUUUCACUGAGAGGAAUAUGAUAUGUAGUCAAUUUCAGAAGUAUCAGCAGUUCAGUUGAGUCCUCAAGCUUAAAUGAUACACAAAGUCUGUCCAUUCUUCUUACUUUCCUUGUGCAUGUAUUGCAAGUAACUUUGCUGUUGCCAUAUUGAUAAGAUACUUCAUGUAAUAAAUUAUUCAGAAAUGACUAAAAUCUUCAGUUGCAUUGCAAGAAGACAGUAGAAGAUGUGGUGUGGUCCGUAAUUAACUGCUAAGAAUGUGUUACAUCUGUCAAAUAGAGUGAAUAGAAUCCAAUGGCAAUGCAUUUCAAAAUGCAAGGCUUUAAGACAUAAUAGGAAGCUCCUGAGUCUUUUGGUUGUGGGGCCACAAGUCAAUUGAGUUAGCUCUGUAAAGAUACGAAAGCAAAUGGACCAGUACGUAAAUACAAUUGGAAUCAUGCUGCUGAUGUAUGAGAAAAUUCAUGACCUCUAUUCACCAAUCAACCUUCCCUCUUAUGUUUGUAAAAUCUGUUGCUGAGGCUACUAUGACUAGUGUGACCCACAGCUUUUUACAAGAGACUAUUCAUACAUAACAAAAGAAGUACUAAAAUAAUUUAAAUAUUUUUGUGCUUGAAUGAUGUGAGUCAUGCAUGCUAAAAUAGGACACAGUUCAGUCAUAAGAAAUGAGAGCAUACGUAAAUAUCUAUUCUUUAUUCUUUAACAGACAAUGCUACUGACUUCUUAGAAGGAAAACGUCAAACAAAAUGUUGAAGAAUGCUAUAAA